UUAAAUGUCAACGUAUGAAGGUGCACCUGUAUUGACUAAUUUUGAUAUCAGUGCUUGUGUUUUGUAAAUUGUUUUUUUUACAAUUAAUGUGUUUUGUGUGAUUAAAAGCAUAAAUCAAUGUGAUUGUUUUGCAUACAAUGGUAUUGCCAGUGCCUUAAUCGGAGAACCGUAGCUUUUUUCGACAUCCUCCGUUAUCCUUUCCUAACAUAGUCAAGGUGUGUGUGUGCGCAAUUUCAAUUAGUAUUAUAUUAUUGAAUUAAUGUGCAAUGAUAAUACAAAAGAACAGAAUCGACCGGGCGAUGGUAGCGACGUGCGGGCUCCCUACGCAGCGAUAUACCGGCGGCACCGCGCGCGCUCCACUCGCAUACACGUCUCCGCGUAAAAAUAAAGUCGACACUGCGCGCUCGCGUACUUCAACCCAUUUAUAAUUAUCAGUAAAUCGCCGCGCGAGUGCACGACUGCCGCGGCCGGCGAACGUUCGUCGUUUCUUUUCGAUUACCGGCGCUAGCUCCUCUGAUCCGAGUCAGUCGACCCUGUUACGCGAGCCCUUGUACUAACAAUAUAAAUUAUCGGCCUAAAACUAGCGAUUCCGACAACGCGCAGGGCUUACUUCGUCGAGAACGUAACUAACUCCUACGCUACGGAUACCGGUAUCGUAAGCGCGAAGACGCGAAGCCGUGACAGGACGGACGACGACUGUUUUGUGAUAUGAUCGUGUUGUGUUAGUGAUAACAGUGUAAGGAUCUUAAACAUGCCCGAAAAACCGAAGCGACGUAAAAAUAAAAAUAAACGUAAAAACAAACACAAUCAACAGAAUAGUAACGGUGAGAAAAAUGCUUGUGAGACUUCAGCAAUUGAGAGUUCCCUGAGUGAAAAUCAAAACUCUGAAACUAGUACAACUUUGUGUGAAAUUGAUAAUGUUUCUUCGUGCAGCAAAAGCUGCAUUAACACAAAUUUGUUAAGUCCAAGCAGUGCUGCUGUUCAAGCGAUAGAGGUCAUCACUCAAGAAGUGAGUGAAGGCGAACAAUGCGAUUUAAUUGAAACAGUGAAUGAAAACAUAUCAGACUUAAAUGACAAUAUUCACGAAAUUCAAACUUACAUUGUAGAAACUCCGGAACAAAAGAAACCUACACCAAAAAUAUCGAAUUCCGUAAAAAGUAAAAGCCUAGACAAUGAUGAUGAUCCUAAAAUUGUCGAAAUAACCGAUGACACACUAUUAGUUUCUGAAUCAUGUAAUAUACCUAUAAUCGAUUGUAGUAAUGUGAUUGUUACAGACGUUGACUCAGAUGUAGGUUGGGAAAAAAUUGAUGAAUUGAAAACACGUAACCCAUUUACCGGAGAAGUUGCGACUGAAAGUAUUUCAAUAACUACGCUACCUCUUAAUGUGGCUCAGUGCGAAAAUAUAAAAUCAUUAACUCCUGAUCAAGAAGCAUCGUUGCGAAAUUAUUUGAAAACACUUAAUCUUUCGACAAGUCCAGAUAAUCUUAAUUCUAUAGAAAUUAAAACUGAAAUCGAACAGAUUAUAAAUCGUGAAGUAAAACACAGAUUGCGUAAAAAAGCAUCGGCCGAUGAUAGUUUUCCACAAAAGCUUUGUCCUCCAAGAAUGCUAGAUGUUAUUGAUGAAGAAGGUAGUAGUGAAUCAUCAAUGACUUCUCGCCGCCAUUCAUAUUUGAGUGAAAAAAGAAGUGACUUUGAAGAUUUAGAAGAUGACGUUUUUGAAGAUACAAAUGCUAUAAGAGAGAAAUUUGCUGCAAAACCACCAGUAGCCUUACGCAACAAAUCAUUAGGCCGUCUUGUGUCUCAAGAAUGUGUUUUAGUUGAUGCCAAAAUAAAGGAACCUGAAGUGAGUGAAGCUCGAGGCGACUGGACUAUGAAAACUGUUGAAAAAUUAUCCGGUGCCGAAGUAGUAUAUUUAACUGAUUCGUCAAGCAGUACCAGCUCUAUACAUGAAAUAGAGGAAGAGACAGAUGAUAGUAUCGAUACAGAUGUUUCUGUGCGUAUGAUUACACCAACAAUCGAAGUAAUUGAUACUGAACAUUUGCUGAAGAAAAACUUUUUAUCUUCUGGGCAAAAUAUAUCCGACGACCAUAAUACUUCUCAAUUAGAAAAUCAGGAUGUAAUGGAAAAUAAACGUAUCAAUAAUGAACGAUUUAUUAAAAUUGAAUUAGAGAAAAAUACCACGGAAGACCUCCCUACUACUUCAACCAAAGAAAUGCCAGAAUCACACGAAAUUGUUGUUUUAUCAACGGACAACAUUAACACAAAUCUCUAUGUUAAAGAAUUAGGCGAUGAAAUUGAAAAACUUGAGAGUAUUUGUAAAUCAAGUGGUUCAGAAAUUACUAAAAAUUUAAAUGAGAGUAAUGUUACUAAGCGUGACACCAAAUUUGAUUUGGAAAUAAAAGUGAUUAAAUGUGAAUUAAAUGAUGCUUUCAAUAACUUGAUAAAAGAAGUUACGUCUGAUUCAGAAAGUUCAAAUGAUUUUCAAAAUUGCAAAGAAAAUUUUACCAGACAAGAUUCUUCGAGUAGCGUUUGUUCUUCACAAAGCACAGCUAAAUAUAACCCUACGUCUACAUCUUUGAAUGACAUAUCUGAUUUACAUAACGACGAAGCAUCUGAGAGUACUGCAAACGAUAACAUAUGUGUUAAGGUCACAGAUAAGACACAUUCUAAUGUAUCCAGCCAUGUUAAUGAUGUUAUAGAGCAUGUUACAGGAGUAUCUAAAUCUUAUUUGACUAAUGAAGGUUGUAGCAUACAGCAUCCGAAUACGCUAAGAGAAAUUAGUGUAAAGAAAAUUGCGUCUUUGCCAUAUGGAGACAAAAUUUUAGAGGAAUUAGCCUCCGUUUCGGAACGUUUACAAAAUGUCAGUAUCAACAAAAUGAGUCCUACUAAAAAAACAUAUAAUUCGAAAGAUUCUCAUUCAUCGACGAAGCAAACUACAAUUAAUGCACCUCCUCCAAUAAAGCCUCGCGUUUCUUCGUUAAAAAAGCCACUAGAAAAUGAGCAUAAUGUUGAUGUCGCACCAAAAUCUGAACCAAAACUAUUGUCUAUGUCCCCGUCGCAAAAGAUGCUAAUGGAAAAAACUAAUUCGACUGCAACAACGCGUGAUAACGUCGGAAGGCGCACUGAACAAUAUAGUAAAAAAAUCACCAAUGAGGAAUUCAAAAUUGAUUCUCGGGAUGUUUUUCAAAAUACAGAACAUAAUCUUAAUACUAAUACUCUCACGCCUUUAAAAUCACAAACCGGAAGCCGUUUAUUAGCUUUAAUAUGCGACCCGACCAUCACCUCAAAUGUAAAUUCAUUAAAAACACGUUGUGACAAUAGUUUUACACAGACACAAAAUAAUCUAUCAUAUCGACAAUUGUCGAAAGAAAAAAAUGAUUUCAAGGCAAGUCAUCUUAUGCGUGAACUAUCUGGUACAUUCAAGCCAAUUCCGCCUCCUCGACCGAGAAAAAUUUCAUUAGGAUUCUAUGAAAGUGAUGAUAAUUCUGAUUUUGCUGAAAACUCUCUGCGUUCUAUUAAAACUGAGACAAAGAAGUUUCAUUUUUCAACUGGCAAUUUGAAUAAAGAAAUUGAGAGCGACAUAUCUUCCAUUCAGAAUAUGCACAGAUUUUAUACAAAUGUCAGAGAUAAAACAAUUGAUUAUGAUAAACCUAGAAGACCUUCGUUACCAAAGGAUCUAUGCGAACAACAAAUGGAAUACAUACGACAGAAAGAGAAAGAGGUAGAAGCAGAAAUUCAACGAUUGGAGAAUCAGUCCAGAAUGAAAACACAGAAUCUAAGGAAAGGCCCUAGAGCCCCACUGAUCUCAGAAAAGGAAACUAUUGAAAAUGAUAUAAAGAACGGUGACAAGGUAUUGAUUUCUCGUAAAAGAGAUGUUGUCAUGUCGUCACAAGAUCUAAUAAAAAACAGAAAUGAUAAAGAUAAAUUAUCGUCGUUAUUUAGCAGUAGUCAAGAAGAAUUGCAACGUGAAAAAAUGUAUACUGAAUAUAUGACACAAAUGGCAGAAAGAAUGGAAAGAAAGCACCAUAAGGUUAUAAAAAUUACUAACACACCCACUUCGAUAAGGUCGAUAUCGAAAAGUAUGCCCACACUUGAAAAUUUUGAUUCAAAGGUCAACAAUAAAAUUGAAAAAGAAUUUAUAUCAAAGGCUAGGGAAAGAUGGGAGAAAUUAGGAAUUAGGGACCCCGAUACGGAAGAUGAGCGUGAAGUUAGUAGGAAAGUAUUCAAAGAACCUAAAAUAAUUGAACACAAAAUUAAGGUUAUCGAAAGUGGUGAAGAAAAGGAUGUCCAAAACUUGCCUAGUCAUUUGCAAGACUUCAUUCAUUUUACAAUUAAGGACAAGGGCGAAGAAACAAAUAGCUCUGCCGUGUGGAGGCCGGGAGCGCCAACGCCCCCGCCGGCUCCGAGCACCCCGCGCAGUCCCGGCGGACCGCCGCCUCCGCCGCCCCCGCCGGUUUGGACGCCGGGUAGCGCGGAACCAUCUCCGCAACCCACACGGAAGACAUUCAGACCAGUACAUUUUGAGGAAACACCACCGAGUCGCCGGAAAUUCACAAACACGGAACAAAACGGUUGCACCAGUGGCUCCGAGAGCGAGGGUCGACUGCGUACCUCGCAGAGUGCCCCCGCCACCGGACUGAACACGCUGAGCGGCUCAUCGUCUACUAGCCGGCUACCACGAGUGCAGAACCCCACUGUCACGCUCUUGCAAAAAGCGCGAGAAGGACAGUUGCCACGGGGUCCUGCUACACUUCAAUCAGAAAGAGACAGUGCCCGAUUACCUCGUGAUAGACCUUCGCCACCAAGCGGUGACCCAGUCCAUGCCUUAAGAAGAGAGUACGCGAGCGAGAGCGAAGCAGAAAGAAGAGAUUACGAACGUGUCGGCGUUCGUAAAAUGUCUGAUACUCAACGGAAAGUCGACGGUGUUGGACCUAUAACAAAAGACGGCAUGCCGAUUACACUUAGAUCUGAAGUCAAAGAUCCAUCGCGUUGGUAUAAAAAGAUGUACGACACGAUUCAUAAAAACAAAUACGAUGACGAUUACGUGACAAUACGAUACAAAAGUCGACGAGAGGCAGCAGAAAGGGUGCCAAGCAGUAAAUCUCAAUACGCAUAUUUCGACCCACGUUCUGGCUACCUGAGCGAACCUGAAGGAGGAUUGAGCAGGCUCAGUGCGUUUAGUGAUGCCUAUGACAGCGACGUCACGACGGGCCCGAGGAGACGAACGGCAUCCGUGCAGGAAGAUCGCCGGAUCAGUGACGUCAGUUCCUCUUAUCUAUCCAAUAAUAAAUACAGUACAUUAGCAUCGGCAAGGGCAAGCCAAGAAGUUUACAAGAACCAGCCGGGAAGGAUUGAGAACUAUGUGCCCGGGAAAUCUUCAGUCGUUGAUAAAGAAGCAAAGCAGUGGUGGGACGAGGUUAUGGACAUUUUUGACGGGUGGCUAGACGAGAACUCCCCUCUGCCUCCUUACACAACAUUGCUCGCUCGCGCCAUUCAAAAAAGUCAAAAUAUAUCCAGCACUACCUCGUUGCCCCAACCUUCGCCAAAAGAGAAGAAGGAUAUUACUGCCGCAAUUCUGUCAAAAUCCAACAUGGCAAAAGCUCUGAAGGAGUCGGGCUAUGAAUCUGAUUCUACUCUUAUAUUCCGCCGUCGCGAGGAAACGGACGCUCCGCUCUCUCCAGCGGAGAGGAGGGCCGCGUAUCGUGACCUGCAGGCCGGCGGGGAGCCACCCCUACGCGGAUUCCGAUCUCCUGCCCCGCCACGUCAAGAAACAGACUCAGCGCCCGAGCCACCGCGGAGAACACAACAUGGGAGCUAUUCAGAUGCAGAGUCUCCCCGGCGUUAUGUGGAAAGCGACGUGAACAUCCACUAUCGGUGUCCAGUGCGACACGACCCCUUACCUCUCGUACCCGAGAGAGAGCUUGCGAGGCAGCAGGCAGAACACAUGAAGAGGCUGUAUCGAGAGCAGAAACGGAAUAAAUAUCUGCAGGAGCUGCAAGAUAUGCAAAACAGGCGUCACCAAGACAACUUCACGCCUUCACAGAAGACCGUAGUCCCUCUGAACAGAUACGACGAUGCCGACAAAGUUCUUGCAAAAGCCCUAUACACUUUCAACGGUCAGACUUCUCGAGAACUCAGUUUUAGAAAAGGAGAUAUAAUAUUUGUGCGGAGGCAGAUUGACGCGAAUUGGUACGAAGGUGAAAUUCAUGGAAGAAUUGGUCUGUUCCCGUAUAAUUAUGUAGAGAUACAGAAGGGUGAUACAAUCCAAGUUAUUAAGAAGCCGUCAAUCGUCGAAGGCCGUGCCAGGGCGAAGUUUGAUUUCAUAGCACAGACCAACCUCGAACUGCCAUUGAAGAAAGGAGAAGUUGUGACUUUGACCAGACGUAUUGACCAGAACUGGUGGGAAGGCCGCAACGGCUUAAAAACGGGAAUAUUCCCGGACAGCUACGUUACAAUUCUACAGGAACCUAGCCAGAGCAAACCUGAUCCGAGGCCAAUCUUAAACACCGAUAAGCCAGCGGCGUCACCGGCCGCUCACGGUCUUCUCAACGGUUCCGAUAAAAGAAGUAUGGGUUCUCAUAGCUACACGCCACAGCAGAACAAUCCAGCGCUCUCCAAUGCACCACCUUCCACUCAGCCACUUCCUGGUUAUGUGGCGAAACCAGCCCAAGCGACACUGACGCCUUCCGAACGUGGCUACGGUCCUCCAACAGGCUCGGGGGUAGAUCUUAAUAACACCGAACCCCUGUACGUCGACACUAAUGCCGAAGCCAUACCAUAUCGUGCGAUGUACAAAUACCGGCCUCAAAAUCCUGACGAGCUCGAACUGAACGAAGGUGAUACGGUGUACGUACUGGAGAAAUGCGACGAUGGCUGGUACGUCGGCUCGAGCCAGAGAACUGGGCGCUUCGGUACCUUCCCAGGCAACUACGUGGAGCGUAUCUGAUAGCGCGAGACGUCGCUGUUCCGUCGGCUGCGGCGCGCUGCACUGUGCGGCCGGCGGCGUCGCUGAACUGACGCACUAACACGUGCCACGGUACAACACGACACAACCUCCAUACCAUUAUACAGGGUGUAACUACACCGUUCCCGAAAUCGAAACGAGAAUAUAUUUUUUAUUGCUUAAGUGUGUGUAUGGUGUUAAGUGGUUACCGGAGCCCAUAGACAUCUACAGCGUAAAUGUCGCCACCCACGUUGAGAUAAGAGUUCUAAGGUCUCAGUAUAGUUACAACGGCUGCCCCACCCUUCAAACCGAAACGCAUUACUGCUUCACGGCAGAAAUAGGCAGGAUGGUGGUACCUACCCGUGCGGACUUACAAGAGGUCCUACCACCAUUAAAAAAUCUGUCUUUUAUAUAUUAUAUAUAACCUUACUAACUUGACUCAAACUAAACUAUGUUGUAAUCAUAAUAUAUUUCGCAAAGGCGAAGGCGGCUACCCCGUGUUCAUCGUGAUCGUAGAUUUCGCGCAUAAAUCUUUUUUGUUAUUGUUACAUUGCGUGCGAUGCUUAAAAGCCUUAGAACAAAUACAUUUUUAAUGUUGCCGUGUUAUCUAUUCUUCAAAUUUACUUCGUUUACAGUAACGGUUCCAAUACACCCUGUAUAGUGUUAGUACUAGUGCAGCCCGGAGCCUAUUAAUAUUUUAUGAAACGAUAUUUACAAUGUAAAUGACCUUAAAAAUCAAAAUUGUACGGUCAGCUGCAAAAUUGGAUGGAUACCUACCUCGAGUUCCACAAUCUAUAUACCAUAAACAUUUAUAGACGCUUACAAUAAAAUAAAUACACUGAAAUAUAAUAAUACGCUAUUAAUGACAAAUAGCGUUAAUUACGUUACAGUUUUACCGUACUAUAUCCAUACAUUUUUGCUGCCUCUAAAAACAUAACCACGAAACCAAAACUAUACAAAAUGUACUGCCAAAUACCAAAACUCACGAAAUAACUUCGGAGCUUGAGCUUUGUAAUAAAAUUGUUGGCUGUUGUAUUCGAGGCGUAGAAAAAAUACGGCUUCAAUUCAUAUUCGACAGAUAAUAAAAUUCAAUUAACUAAUAGGAAAAUGAUCUUGACAUUAGAAGCAUCAUAUUGAGGUGACUACUUUUAACGAAAAUCGCAUUAAACGGAUUCUAGUGUCUUACAAAAAUAAUUGUUCCCUUGGCUUUUCGCCCUCGGAACUAUAGUCCCAUUAUAAAUAUUACAAUUCUUAGAUCAAUUACUUGACAAUAUUAUCCUACAACAUUACAGUCAAUUACAAUUUGAACAGUUCAGUGUUUAAGUCGUAAAAGUGUUUAUCCAACCUCUUGCGUCUAAUGUGGAGCUUAAUCAUAUCCUAAAUAUGUUAUCCGUAUCCGUUUACGUAGUACCUAGUAGAUUGCCUCGACAUUACCAUGAAAGAUACCAAAAUAUUGCCAUGACUUUAAGUAAUUUUUGUACAAAAUAUAGCAUGAAAAUUUCUAGAAGAAGUAAGUUCUUAAACUUGAUUUGUAUAGAUCCGUUUUAUAAGGACAAAAAAAAUAUGGCAACAUCGUGGCAUCUAAUUUUUUUAGAGGGCUUACUGUAAUAGUACAUAUUUUGUUCUUUAUAAACAAAAUAGUUUCAAAAUGUAAAGAUGAAAACGUCAGUGUAAGCAAUCCAAAGUUGUGCUGAGUUCCAAAGAAUAUGUCUAAAAUGUUGUAAAAUUGUAUAAAAUUUUUAUUAAAAAAAUACUUAUUUACUUAUAAUUUAGCGUAGUUAUUUAUUUAAAACAUACAAUUGACCAUAAUGAGCUCUUCAUUUAAAAGUGAAAUUUUAAAAGAAUGUAGCUCUGCACAUGAAUCAUUAAUGAGAAUGACUAACAAAAAAAUUAUUAUAUCGGCAAAAGUCAAACUUUGAGUGAUAACUUGUAGUUUGGCGAUAACAAAGUUUAGACAUUUUGUGGGCGUUGAUGAAAGGCUUCACAUAACAUUAAUUUAGUGUAAUAACUCAUUGACAAGUAUGAAGUAUUAGUUACCGUGUUAAUGGUGUAGUUACUUUACUCAGGCCGUCUUUAACCAAUUUAAGGCACUGGACAUUUCGGGAUAAUAGGCCCCUAUGACCGUUGUUUAACGAAUGCUGAUUAAACUACCACGGUCUACACCAGAUGACUUUCCGGUGUACUCUCUCAUUUUAUAAAAUGAUCUAAUGGAGGGCCUCCAAAUAUAUCAGGGCUCUAGGUACCGGCUUGGAGUGACUAAUGGGAAAAAGGGGCCUGAUAAUACUCAAGUUACACAUUGACUAGUACAUUAGGGCGAGUUUUUGGCAACGUUUGACAAUACAUUAUGAUUAACUAGGUGAUACAUUAUUUAAUUGAAAUUUAAAACAUAUUGUAAGGAAUGAAUUAAUCAACCGAUUAUAUGGUAUGUAAUUUUUGUAAUAAUUAUCAAAAAAAUUAUAAACUUCAUCAUUCAUAAAUUCUAGUCAAUGAAUUUUGUGCUACUUUUGUUGUUUUCGUUGUCGAUUCCUUUGCUGAAAUUCUUGAAAUGUUUUAUCCCUAAAGAUUAGUUAUAAGAACCGUUUAUAUGUAGUUUUAAGUAGAUCGAAUCCUGAUAUCGCAUACAGCACUCGCCCUACGUGAAAUGCUUGUUAUUUUUCAUAAUGCAUUACUAGUGUAUUUUAUUUUUAACCUAUUAUUGUAUUGUUGUAUUUACUUUUGUUAAAUUAUUUUUUAAAGCACAAAAAUUUCAUUUGUUGUUGACACCUUGAAGUACGAUGUAACAUUAACUGCUACUGUUCAAAAUCACACCUAAUAAAAUAAUCUUUCUAUUUAAA